AUGUCCGUGCGAAUAAACAGACUAUUCAAGGGGAAAACCGGCAUCGUCACCAUUGUGGUGACCACCCUCAUUUUCCUGCUGAUUGGCAUCUCGUCCCGCAACGAUUACUCCUUGGAAACAUCAUACCAAAACGCUCAGAGCAUCCAUUCCCUGGUAAAGGAAAAAAGUUCAAACUAUUGGAACUCGCUAAGAACAUCUGCUGAUGUGAAGGAGGCAUUACAUACAGAACUCAAUGACGAAGUUAGGAAACUUAACAAGGUCAAUUCAUUGAGCUUCUUAAAGGGGAGCGGCAUUAUCCAUGAAUUCUUUGGUAAUUUCUUCGAUAAACUACACGAGUUCAAAUCAUCGUAUCCCUUGAAACGGAGAAUGACCCUUGAUGAAAAGGGUAGACCCCAUAUCGAUGUCGUCCAUUUUUUUGCAAGUGAACAGGAUGACCUCUCAGAGGAAAAAUUGUUGGAUCUUUUCGAUUACCCUCCAGAAUUUAUUGACGAUUUGACCUUCAAACAUUCAAAAGUGGUGGAACAAUUGCCAGACUUCAAACCUAAAUUCUACUCCGGCGAUGGUUACGCCAUUGUUGGCGGUGGGAAGUUCUCUUGGUACUCCUUCUUGGCCGUUAAGUCGUUGAGAGAAGUGGGUGCUAAACUUCCCAUUGAAAUCAUCCUACCAACUGCUGAGGAUUACGAAGAACUACUAUGUGACAAAUUAUUACCGGAAUUAAACGCUCGUUGUGUUCAAAUGGAAACCGUCUUUGGCGUAGAAAACAUCAAGAAAUUGAGCUUAACAGGCUACCAGUUGAAAGGGUUGGCAUUAUUGUCUUCAUCUUUUGAAAAUGUCUUUUUAUUGGAUUCAGAUUCUUAUGCAGUAUCCAACCCGGAACCUAUCUUCAGAUCAAAAUUGUAUUCCAAAUACAACAUGAUCACAUGGCCAGACUUUUGGAGAAGAACAACUUCUCCUUUAUACUAUAAAAUUGCAGGUAUAGAAGUUCCAGAAGACCCAGUCCGUCAUAUUAAUGAUGUUUACACAAAUGUUAACCAUAUGGAUCUAAAUAAGGGGAAAAGUAGGAUUGAUAUUGACCCAAAAAAAGACUACCAGUUCCACGACCGUCCAAAUACCUUGAUGGAUUGGACCACAGAGUCGGGAGAAAUGUUAAUCAAUAAAUCGGUCCAUUUUAAGACCCUCUUACUUGCCUUGUAUUAUAAUUUCGAUGGUCCUUAUGGUUACCAUCCACUUUUGUCUCAAGGUGGUGCUGGUGAAGGUGAUAAAGAAACCUUCGUGGCUGCGGCAAACUACUUCAAACUGCCAUACUAUCAAGUAUACAAACGUCCAGACAAGGCAAUGGGAUUUUGGAACAUAUUCAACACGUUUGAACAUGGGGCAAUUGUUCAGUAUGAUCCCUUAAAGGAUUAUGAAAACGUCCAAAAGAUCAUCUCCAAAAUUGAGGCAGAUAUGGGUAAUACGGACUCUGGUGAUUAUCAUUACGAUUAUGAAAAAUAUUUCCAGAAUGGCCUAUCAGUGGAAGAUUCAAUACCAAUGUUUUACCAUUGCCAUGAUCCAAAGUUUGAUCCAUUCUACUUGAUCAAUGAAAAGAAGAUGUUUGUCAGAGACGAGGAUAACAAAGAAACAGAUACAAGACGUAGAAUCUUAGGUGCCGAUUUCCCAAGAGGUGAUAUUGAUCUCGAAUUGAGUCUAUGGGAAAUUGCCAAUUCAUACAUUUGCGAAAAAGGUUUCCAAUUCCCAAUUUUCAAUGGUAAUGAUUAUAAACAGUUUUGUCAUGUUGAUGUUCCUGAACAACUCGAUUUCUUGAAAAAAUCUAAUCAAUACAUUGUCAAACACUAUGACCCUUCUACCGGAAAUAAAAACUUAGAGAGUUCAAAUAACCUUUUUGAAGUUCCUGCAGAUUCAACUUGA